UAUUUCGUUUUGUUUAUUAUUUUUAAUGAAAUUGAAAAAUUGAAUUCUUUCGACGUAUUCUAAAUGAAUACAUUUAUUUUUGCUUCUGAGCAUUAUCGUUUGAAAAGUAGAUACUAACAGCUAGAAUGGAAGCCUCUGAGUUUAAAGACUAUUUAUCAAAAUAUAAUAUCCAUGAGUUAUUCAAGGGACUAAUGUUUGGGUUAAUAUUAUCCAAACCUUCAUCACCUGUUACCUACCUCAUUGAAAGUCUACAGAAUAUCCGAAACCAGGAUAUACAAUCAAUAACAUGGAAGGACUUUUUUGAUGGCAAACCUCGAGUUUCUCCGAUACCGGAAGAGUUGCCUCGAGAAAUAAAGUCUAAUAUGACAUUUAUGGAAAUCCCAGGUCUGAUGCCAGAAGGGAAUAUUCCAGAUGGAGUUCCUUCUCUUGAAUCCCCUGAAGAAAAUAUUCCUCUCACUAAGAAGCCAGUUGUACUUAUAUUAGGUCCACCGGAAUCGGAGAAGAUAAAGUUUGCACAAGAACUCAGAAAUGGCUACCCGACCUGGGUUAUUGUAUCAAGAUUUACAUACACUAUCCUGAAGUUUGUCACCAUGGAAACACUCAAAGAAACUCCUAUGGAUAGAGGUUUUAUUAAAAAAAACCUUGAUAAAUGUCCAGAAGCUCGAUGUUUUAUUGUGGUAGAUUAUCCAACAACCAUGGAGCAGGUUGCAGCUUUUGAACAUUGCAUACGACCUGACCAGAUUAUGGUUGUGGUUUACAUACAUACUGAAGAAUCAACAAGCAUUGAGAAAUGUCUUACAAAGUUAGAAGCAAAGGUUAAUACGAGUGCAUACAUUCCAGGAUUGGUUGCUCUCCAUGUCCAAACUUACAAAGAACGAAUGAAUCCAGUUAUUGCACAUUACAAGAAAGCCAAGAAAUUCAUUGAAAUUCAUAAAGAUACCAGACAAGAAGAUGUCAUUAUGGAAAUCAGGAACCUUAUAAAGAAUGCUCUCGAUGGAAAACCACAAACAGAAAUUCAGGAGCAGUUACGGAGCAUGUCAGUUUACAGUGACUUGGAGACUCCACCGAGAGAGACAGCAUAUCCUCCGCAGCUCUCCUUUUAUCCACAUUUCCCAAAAUGCCCACUGGUUCUUCUAACAGGUAUUCCAGGCUGUCAAAAAGUGCAGCAUGCUACAACACUGGCAUCGCAGUAUCCUGGCCUGGAUUGCAUUUCUAUUGGUCAGAUGGUAUGCAACAGCAUCAAUGAUCCCGAUGAUCCUGACUGUAGCCAGUGGAAAACUGCUGCAGCCCUGAUUAGAAAUGACGAAGUUAUACAACAGUUUGAUGUGAAUGAGUUAAUCAAUAGUAAAAUUGAAGAUGCUGUGGAACAGAGGCAAUUAAUUUUAGUGCUUGGUUAUCCCAAGAACUUUGCUCAACUUGACCAAUUCAAUAAUAUGAUUGGUUUACCUACAACAAUGAUCUACUUAAGAUGCCCUGAAAAGGAAGCUAUAAGUGUUCUACUGGAGCGAAAUGCGAAGGCUUCAUAUUCAGUGAACAAUCUAUUAGCUGUGACUAAUGAGAUCACUUGUUUUAAGAAACACACCUUACCUGUCAUUAAUUAUUAUGACGAUAUGUCCAGGCUAGUCGUGUUGGAUACUGAGAAUAAAACAUUUGAAAUGGUGAACGAUGAGAUUUAUCGAGAAAUAAAAAGAUACAUUCCUCCAAAACUACACGGUGUUGAAGAUGAAACCUCGCAAAAGUAA